CACUCCUCUCGUACCGUGUCGCGCCUACGACAUCACAGAAUAAAUCGCGUCGCCAUGAAGUCGACAAUUGCAAUUCUCAGCCUUGCCGCGGUCGCGGCAGCCUCGCCGGACCCGCAAAUCACGGAACGCGCACAGGUGGGGAAACGGCAAUCUGACCCGGCCCUGCUGGGGUACAUCUCAGAAAGCGGCGCGUCGAGUUUCUCCGACGCACGCUCCUGCGACUACCCCGCGACCCUCUCUUCCGCCGGCUCGCUCGCCCAAUGCUGCUCCGGAUCUGACUGCGUGUUCUGGUCGUCCUGCUCAGCUGGAACAUUGUUCGCGCAGUCUACCUCCCUUCGAUGCGACCAGGGCUUCUGUAACACGGCAGUGCUGGCCGUAACGCCCGGUGCGAGGAGUGGAGAGAGCUAUCUAGGAUGUUGGGCGACCAGCCUGGGACAGGAUGCUUUUACCAUUGUGAGGGAUGUUGGCAGCGCUAUUGUGACGCCAACGGCGAGUGCAAGUUCGGGUGCAAGUGCUGCGAGUAACGCGAGGUCUGCUUCGGCUAGGUCGUCGGCUUCUGGCUCUGUAGCAAGCUCUGGUACUGCUGGAACAGCGACUCAGCCUUCGACUGGUACAGUGCAGUCUUCUGGUGCGGCUGUUGCGAAUGCUGCGAAGCCAUUGAGUGGCGCUUUUGGUCUGGCUGCCAUGCUUUUUGGUAUGCUCUAAACACCCACCGAGGACCUCUCUGGUCAGAUCUAGCCGUCUCGCUGCUGAGAUUAUGAGUAGUUCGAGAUGUGCAUAAUGGUGAUGAAGGUAAAGACUCACUAAUACAAUCCCGAACCACUGAACAUCUCCCUACUCCUGACUCCUAUCGCUUCUUCGAUCCAAAUUUCAACUCCGUAUUGCAAUCCAACUAGGCUACCCAAAACAGCAGAUUUGGCAGAGACCCGUACUGCUCCGAUCAAAACACAGUAACCUUACUGAUGAGUUUGUCACCGCCCAGCUGCCGCUUAUGUUGUG